AUGUGGGAGGCCGACGCCGAGGGCGCCCCGCGCCGUGCGCGCGCGCGCCUGCACGAGGUCGCGGUGGUCGUGUCGCCGCGCCGCGUGCGCGCGUCUGACCGCGGGCUGGUGGUCGUGGGCGGUGACGUGGCGCUGUCGGGGCUCGCGGCGGAGGCGGAGGGGCUGGAGGAGGCCGCGGCGGCCGGCAAGGGGCGCGCGGGGGGCGUCCUGGAGGGCGUGCUGCAGGACGAGCUGCGGUGGGAAGCCGAGCAGGCGGGCGGCGCCGGCGCGGGCGCCGGCGUGGGCGCGGGCGAGGGCGGCGCCAAGGGCGGCGCCGCCGCCGCGCUGGUCGCGGGGUCGGGCGCGGACGUCAGCCGCCACUUCGACUACUUUGCGUUUGAGGGCGCGGCCGGCGAGCCGCGGUGGAGCCACCGCGCGGGGGCGUUCCACGGGGAGGAGGUGGCGGCGGCCAGCGAGGCGCUGACGCCGCAGCACAGCUUCAAGCUGGACGCCGAGAAGCUGGCGGCGCGGCACUAUGGGGAGCUGUCGUGCCGCGAGUUCCGGGAGAGCGUGCUGCACGCGCUGCCCCACCAGUGGGAGCGCCCCGCGGACACGCGGCUGGAGGAGGCUGCGUUCUUCAGGCACAGGGAGGGGGUGGGCGCGCAGAAGGGCCAGCUGGCGCGCGCGGCGGCGGCGCGCGCGGCGAGCAAGGGCCGCGGCGCGUCUGGCAAGGCGGGGCCCCACUCCAACUGGCUCCUCGGCUCCCACCGCCGCCACAAGGGCCGCCCCUCCGCCCGCGCCGCCGCGCGCGCCGCCGAGCCCGGCGGCGCCGCGGCGCGGCACGCGCACAUGGGCGCCAACGCCAGCGUGCCCAACGCCAUCGUGGCUCACCUGCAGCAGGGCAUCGAGGUGGUGCACCUCUACACAGGCCGCGCCCUGUGUGAGCUGCACCUGGCGCAGGACCAGCUGCAUGUCGACGUCAACGGCGACGGCGUCAUAGACCACAUCGCCCUCUCCGCCGGCGGCCGCGGCGCCUCCGACUCCGACGCCCCGCUGCUGCAGCACGUGCAGACGUCCCGCCACGCGGCGCUCGGCGCCUGCCAGGCGCGCGCGACGAGCGGCGUGCCGCCGAACGAGGAGCUGUGGGUUGCAGACGUGUGCGCACGGCGCCGCGCGGUCGACGAGGCGAUGCUGCCCAUGCGCGGCGAGGAGGCCGGCGGGUUCGUCAACGCGCACGGGCCGGGCGCGGCGGGGCUGACGUUCGCGCCGCCCGCGUUCAUGCCGGUGCCGCGGGCGGACGGCAGCUACAGCCACCUGCGGGGGCAGCACGGCAUCAUCGGGGUCCUGUCCAGCGACGGCGUGGUGACCGCCAUCAGCAGCCACGGCGCGCGGCUCUGGCAGCGCUUCAUGGAUGUGGCCUGGGAUGAGGACCUCAACCCGGACUUCGUCCCUUCCCUCACGCCCCUCACCCUCCGCCGCCACGGCGUCCCUGCUGCCCUGCUGGCCGUCGGCGCCGACGCCGCCGCCGCCGUCAGCGAGCACGGCACCGAGCUGGCGCGGCUGUCGCUGCCGUCGCCGCCGCUGGGGCCGCCUGUCGUGGCGGACUUUGAUGGGGACGGGCUGAGCGACCUGCUGUUUGUAACCCCCGCUGGGCUGUUUGGCUACACCCAGGUCCAGCACCUGUGA